UUUCUCCAAUUUCCAUCAUAAAUAUUAAUUGAAACUAUAAUACACGGAAGAGUGAAGUAAAAGAACAAAAUAACAAUGAAGGAUAAGUUCUUUCUAAUUCUAGUUUUCUAUGCAUUCUCAUCACUAUUCCACGUAGAAGCAGACAGUGAGUUUGUGAAAACAAGAGGAGUGCAACUUAUGCUAAACGGAAGCCCCUAUUAUGCAAAUGGUUUUAAUGCAUAUUGGUUAAUGUAUGUUGCUUCUGAUCCAUCUCAAAGAAACAAGGUUUCAUCAACGUUUCAAGAGGCUUCAAAUCAUGGACUUAACAUAGCAAGAACUUGGGCUUUUAGUGAUGGUGGUUAUAAACCACUACAAUACUCUCCUGGAUCCUACAAUGAGGACAUGUUCCAGGGAUUGGACUUUGUAAUAGCUGAAGCAAGAAGAUAUGGGAUCAAAGUGGUUUUGAGUUUAGUGAACAAUUAUGAGAAUUUUGGAGGAAAGAAACAAUAUGUGGAAUGGGCAAGGAGUCAGGGUCAGUCCAUAAAUUCUGAAGAUGAUUUCUUCACGAAUCCUAUAGUGAAGGGAUACUAUAAAAAUCACAUCAAGAGUGUGGUUACAAGACGUAACAGCCUAAGUGGAGUUGCUUACAAAGAUGAUCCUACAAUAAUGGCUUGGGAGCUUAUGAAUGAGAUUAGAUGCCCUUCAGAUCACUCAGGAAAUUCAGUUCAGGGUUGGAUUAAUGAGAUGGCAUCUUACUUGAAAUCCAUUGAUGGAAACCACUUACUUGAAGCUGGUUUGGAGGGUUUCUACGGGCAAUUAAAGGCAGAGUCUAACCCUAACUUUCAAGUAGGAACCGAUUUCAUUGCAAACAACCAAAUUCCCACCAUCGAUUUUGCAACACUACACUCCUACCCAGAUCAAUGGUUAUCAAAUUCAGGCUAUGAAGACCAAAUAUCUUUCUUAGGUAGCUGGCUCAAUGAACACAUCCAAGAUGCACAGAACAUCCUUCACAAGCCCCUUCUAUUUGCUGAGUUUGGCAUUUCCACUUACAACUCAACACUGAGAGAUCAGUUUUUCAAUACGGUAUUUUCCGCGAUAUAUUCAUCAGCAAGUGGUGGUGGGGCUGCUGCCGGUGGCUUAUUUUGGCAACUUCUUGCUAAAUGGAUGGAUUCUUUCCGAGAUGGUUACGAGGUGGUCUUAGGUGAGAGCCCCUCGACAGCUACUUUGAUUGCUCAAGAGUCUCAAAAACUAAACCGAAUUCGCAAGAUGUAUGCCCGGCUCAGAAACAUUGACAAGUGGAACAAAUCAAAGGGAAAUUAGAAGGUUACAAUGGCAUGCUCGUGCCAAGGGAGGGAACUGACUCAUACAAGUGUCCUAUAAAUGUUCUCUAAGUUUAACUGUCUCUACACCUGUUGCACUAUACAGCAACUGUAAGAAAUCCAAAGUAAUACUCAACAAUCAACAUAUAUGUAACGACUGAUAGAAAUAAGAUAUAGUUAUCAGUGAUAUUUAUAUUCAGAAACUGAUGAUAUGUUUUUAUUUGGAAAAUAGCUUGUUACAAGCAAGUAUUCGACUUUGUAAGUGUCUGCAAGUUAACUAUUGUACUCAAGAUUUAUGUCUAACUCU